UGUAGGAGCUUCUUGUCCUUUCCGAAAACAACGGGUAAGCUCUCAUACUCUAGUUUCAACAAUGUGGGGGUAAAGUUCGUCCUUUUCGUAUUUCUUCUCUCUCUACUGUUAAUGAUUCAUUGGACCUUGCCAGCCUUGUGUCACUCCAUUACCAACUCUCCCGCGAUUUCAGUCGCGCCCUCUCUGAAACCCUAACAAGUCGUUUCUUUCACGAUUUAAACCCAUCUCUUUUCCAGUUAAUUUUCGGGCAAUUUAUCGUUGGUCUAAUUCAUGGAAGUUCGAGUUAGAUUUUCUCCUUCAUUUAGCAGAUGAGUUGUUCUCUUCUUCCUCUCAGGGUUCUAUUCAUGCAAUAUCUCUGCUGCAUAUUCUGUUGAAAUGUGUUAUUUUUUCCCUGUGUAAUUGGGUUUUAUGAAUUAAGGCUGGGGUGGAAUCUGCAUGUAUCUGAGGUUUCUUUUGAGAAUGGAACCUGACAGUUAUAUGGUUCUUCUUGCUCCAAAUCUGGCUAUUUUACUGGUUUUCUCUCCUAUUUGUAUGGAAUUAAUGCUGAGAAAUUGAUGGUUCUUUGCGAAUGACCUGGAAUUUGUAGGUUGUUCAUGUUUAAGGAGUUUGAGGUUCUGGCGUUACUUUCCUAAUAUCCAGGGGAUUAAAAGAUUUGAAUUGCUUGUUCUCUUUUCAAUAGUCAAGAUGCAAGGAGCAGUAUCAGCCGGAAACCUUCUCCCUGGUACAUCUUUCACAGUACUGGAUUUACAGGGCUCUUUAGGAAUUCCUCAGAAUCCAAACUCAAUGGCUCACCACCAGCUCCAAGAUGUGUAUCCUCUUUCUAUUGGGCAACAUCUAGGAAAUUCAUUUAGUAGUGAGAGAGGCAAAAAUUCAAUGAGUGAUGAAGAGGAGCGAAGCUUAACUGAAGAUGGCAUUGAAAACCAUCAAGAUGGCACUCCAGGAAAGAAGAAUUCUCCAUGGCAAAGGAUGAAAUGGACAGAUGAAAUGGUUCGACUCUUAAUUACAGUGGUUUCUUGUAUUGGGGAAGAUUCUAGUCCUGAAUUUGGCAAAAUGGGUAGGAGAAAAUCCACAGUGUUGCAAAAAAAAGGGAAAUGGAAAUGGGUUUCAAAGAUUAUGGCCAAAAAGCGUUGCUAUGUUUCGCCCCAGCAGUGCGAAGACAAAUUCAAUGAUCUUAACAAGAGGUACAAGAGGCUCACUGAUGUGCUUGGAAGGGGCACCUCAUGCAAAGUUGUCGAGCACCCGGCCCUCUUAGAUCUCAUGGACCAUCUUUCUGAAAAGACUAAAGAGGAUGUUAGGAAAAUAUUGAGCUCUAAGCAUCUCUUUUAUGAAGAAAUGUGCUCUUACCAUAAUGGGAACCGGCUCCAUUUGCCUCUCGACCCAUCUUUGCAACAGUGUGUUCAAUCAGUUCUCAAGGGUCGAGAUGCCGAUGACACUAGACGCCAUGCCCAUGAUGAUACUGGUGAAGAUGACCAUGAUGAUGAUGAUGUUGAUGAAAGGGAUGAUGAGCUCGAUGACCACAAUACCAACAAUAACAAUGCUAAUAAUAGUAGUAGUUUUCAUGGGGAUGAUGGGGGUUUUAUUGGGGUUUCUUGUUUUCCAAAGAGAAUGAAGCUAAGGCAAGAUACUGAAGAGGUAAAUUUUGCUAAUUCUUUGAAUCCCCAAGAAUUAAAUAAUAGGUUGGGUUCUGAAGCCUUUGCUUCUGAGAUGAACCAGAUUAUGCAAGAUGGCACUAAAGCUGCUUGGGCACAGAGGCAGUGGAUAAGGAACCGCACGCUUCAAUUGGAGGAGCAGAGUUUAAGCAUUCAGGCUCAGAUGUUGGAGUUGGAGAAGCAGCGGUUCAAAUGGCAGAAGUUUAGCAGGAAGAAAGACCGGGAAUUGAGCAAGAUGAGGAUGGAAAAUGAGAGGAUGAAGCUUGCAAAUGAACGCUUGACGUUAGAGCUGAAGAGGAAGGAAUUAGAAAAUGAACUUAUCUGAUACAGCUGCAGUCAUUGUUAUCAAAUUGAUAGUCAUGGAAGGUUUAGCAAAAUAGUGUUGUGGAUAUGAAUGAGGUGUUUAUUUAUGUGCUUCUGAGUUCAGCAGUUACAUGAUUUGAAGUGGUAAUCCUUCUUCAUUAUCAGUGGUUGGUUAAAAGCUGAGGUGCAUUGAUGGAGUUGCACUGUUUUGUUUGAGUUAUCGUUCCUGACUCUUGAAUAUGCUUUUUAAUGAGGUAUGAGUAGUUCAGUUUUAGGGGUCAUUGGUCAUUUGGGAAGUCAAACCAUAAACACUUGAGGUAGUUUCUGGGAGUAUUUCUGUGCCUCUGUAGUUUUGUAUGUUAUGUUCUCUUCAUAAAUGUGUAUGCCCCUUUCAUAUGUAUGUACUCCCUGUUUAAGAAACUUGUACUUUGAUCUCUUGGGUAUCACGCCAAGAUCAUUGUUCUUUUGAGCUUUUAUGCCAAAAUCAUGAUAUAUCUUCUAUC